UAGAGACCGGAUCUUGGGAAACUUCCCAAACCCUCCUAAAUUCCGUAUCCUAAAUUUGUUUUAAACAUCCUGUAAAAAUGUAAAAAUGUAAAAAUUGGUUGAGUUUUGCUUUAGUCAACGUGGACUUGAAAACCAAGUGUCACUUAAUAUUUCUUGUUAGUUAUUGUUAUAACUGAACAGUUUAGGGCUAGAUUCGGAAAUUUGUAUUCCUGUACUCCAGAAGUAAACGACCCACCUAAUUGAACUCGGAGUUUUAGCAAAACCAUCGUCUAGCCCUAAGUUUUUUUCCUUUUCAGUUUCUUUGUGUACUGUUUUUUUGUUCAGAAUGUAAUAUUUCAAAUUAUUGGUGUUUCCUUUCUUCACUUUUAUAGUCUUUUCAGUUUCUCAUUUUGUCUGUAGCUUAGUUUUUCAGAAUUUUAAUCAACGUUAAUGUUACAUUGCAAGUAGCACACUAUUACUUAGAAAAUGGCUUACUUCCACACUUUAUUUUAGCAAAUAACAUAACAAAAUAAGUAAUAGUAGGCCUAUUACUUGUGAUUAAAUUUUUGUAAAUACUACUUCAGGAGUUGUGGACAAAUUAGUUAAUGACAAACUGUACAAAAAAUCUCGUAUAUAAUUCUACUGAAAAUAAAUAUCUUAAUUGAAUAAAAAAAUAUUGGUAAUGUAGAGAUGCCUAAUUUAGUACUAGUGCUAGUAGGGAUUUCCAUACAGUAAGUUUAUUUUUUAGGCAUCUUAACCUAGAAAAUACACUGAAAUUUUUUUACAGAAAAAUAAACAAAUUUUACAACAGCAAAUUUAGGACAGUAUUUACAUUCAACAAUUAAUUAACAUCUUUAUAAGUUGUUCUUUGUGCAGUGUACAUUUUAAGUUUUUUACAAACCGUAUUUGUUUUCGUUUUUGUAAUGAAAUUCAUUGCAUUAAAAGUUAUGUUUUUAUUUUUCUUGCAGUUGGAAUUAAUAAAAAAUGUAUCCUAAAUUAUCAGAUUUCAAUACCUAAUGUGUGGAUUUUUUUAUAGGUCAAUUAAAAAAUUUUCAAAAUAACUUCUUGAUUUGAUUACUAAUAUAGUAUGACGUUUAUUAUCAUGUCACAACAUAAAAAUCACUAUCACACUUUUAAGCGAUGUGUCUAAUCAACAAUGAUGUUGCAAGUAGUUCACGAUAUAAAUAGCUUCACACUUUCAUUGAUACAUGUAUUCAAUCUCAGAAAAAAUGUUUUCGGUUUUGGUGUUUCUAAUUAUAGUUGUAGUGUUUCUUUAUUACAAAUGGGCGUUCACAUACUGGCACCGAAGAAACAUACCAUAUUUAGAGCCCAGUUUUCCCUUUGGCAAUUUACCCAACCUUUUCCAACGCAAGGAAAAUAUAGGACUUACGGUAGAAAAAUUCUACAACGAAAUGAAAAGGCGCAAGUGGAAACACGGAGGAGUUUACUUUCUUGUAAGUCCAGUCUAUUGUGUCAUUGAUUUGGAAUAUGUAAAGAACAUAAUGAAUCGAGAUUUCGAAUAUUUUACCAACCGCUCGAUUUAUUACAACGAGAAAGACGACCCUCUUAGUGCACAUUUAUUUGCAAUCGGUGGCCAAAAAUGGCGAAACUUGCGAACUAAAUUAACAGCAACUUUCACAUCAGGUAAAAUGAAAGCAAUGUUUCAAACACUGCUAGAAUGUGAAACCAAUUUAUUGAAACAAAUCGAAGACUGUAACAACCCAAUUAACAUUAAAGAAAUUUUAAGUUGCUUUACUACUGACGUCAUCGGUUCGGUCGGUUUUGGUCUCGAAUGCAAGACUUUCGAAGAAAAAAAUUCACCGUUUCGCAUUUAUGGCAAAAAAGUCUUCAAGGAUUCAGUGUUGAGAAGUUUGAAACGCGCGUUUCUCACAUCGAAUUUUCCAGAGUUAGCUCGGAAACUCGGAAUUUUAGCGUUUCCAUCGGAGAUAACCGAUUUUUUCCUCAAAGUUGUAGCUGAUACUGUUAAGUACAGAGAGGAAAACAACCGUAGCAGGAAUGAUUUCUUGCAACUUUUGAUUGAUUUGAAGAAUAGUGGAACUUUGUCACUUGAAGAAAUUGCCGCUCAAUGUUUUCUUUUCUUUUUGGCGGGUUUUGAAACGUCUUCAACCACAAUGACUUUUGCUUUGUACGAAUUGGCCCAACAUCAAGACAUUCAAGAUAAAGUGAGGGAAGAAAUUGAUGCAGUUUUGAAGAAAUAUGGUGGCAAAAUCACUUAUGAGGCCAUUCAUGACAUGAAAUACAUGAAUCAAGUUAUUGAUGAAACGUUAAGAAAAUACCCAGCAGCUUCAAUCAUCACCAGGACUUGUGUCAAAGAUUACAAAAUUCCUGAUCAGGAUAUUGUGAUUGAAAAAGGGACUUCGGUCAUAAUCCCAGUUUUGGGUAUCCACCAUGAUGAGAAAUUUUAUCCAAAUCCUGAAAAAUUUGAUCCUGAAAGAUUUACUGAAGAAAAUAAAGCUGCAAGACAUCAUUAUGCGCAUCUACCUUUUGGAGAAGGGCCACGAAUUUGUAUCGGUAUGAGGUUUGGUUUAGUACAAAGUAAAGUGGGGUUGACAUCAUUACUAAAGAAUUACAUUUUUAAAGUGAAUAAAAAAACAAUAGAACCUCUUAAAAUGCAGGCGAGGUCGUUGAUUUUGGCAGCUGAAGGUGAAAUUUGGUUGGACGUUUAUAAAUUGUAAAAUAAUAAAUUUAGUACUAAUA